GUCGAUCAAUCGCAAUACCUGCAAAAUGUCAACCUCUGGAUCGAACUGCUUCGUUUCCGCCUACGUCUGGAUGGCCAGCAAGGUGUCAUGGACAUCGUCCAAGCCAUGGUACAACGUAAAGUCGUCUUGCCCUUGCGUGGUCCUCAGGCCGAUCAGCUCUGGUCUACUCUUCUCUGGUCUGCCGUCCAGUACCCGAAGAUGCUGCACUAUCUAUACCCAUAUCUUGUCGAAACCCUUCCUCGCUCUGGCCUGAUUGACAUCCGUCUAUACACUCGGCUCGUAGGCCCUUUGUUGCGUCAGAAUCCCAUGUUCGCUGCAACCUGGCAUAAGCGUAUGCAGGCCGACGGGUUACUUCCGCCAGCUUUCGUCUCAGUUCUGGCUCAACUUGUCACCGACGUCUGCUCCAGUAACCACAAGUCGAGAGCCAUUGAAGCAUUCAGAAAGAUCUAUACUUCAGCUAAAGUCAGACAUGCCUAUGAUGAAUGCAUGCUACCGAUAUGUCGUUCGUUUGACUUUCCCGACGCUGUUGACAUGCACGCUUUCUUCAUAAGACAUGAUGAUUAUCCUUCGCUCUCGAUGCAAUCUAUGCCGGUAAUAGCGCAUCUGACCGAAAACGAUUGGCUUGCCAAGUCGAACAUGAAAUCGACCAUCAGAGCUCGCUUCACAAGUCAAGUCCUUGAGGCUCAGUACGAAUUUGAUUGUCUGAAGCCCACCAAGCUUGAUGCAGACCGUGCUGUUUCUACCAUGCCUCCACUCACUCGCGAGAGUAUGAGCAGCAUCGUUGGUGAUGUUCACAACAUUAGGGAAAAGGAGCUCAAUGAUGCCUUUUGCGCUCGAUUGUUUGCCACAACAGCUUUCUCUAUUGACUUGAUCAUUACUGGUUUGCGCAUGCUUGGCAUGAGAACAGUGGGCAAUCUGGCUCUGAGAGAAAUAGCUGCGCGCGCACCUAAUCCAGUCGAUUACCUCACCACAGUCGAUGCGAUGAAAGCUGCAGGUAUCAUUGUCACUGAUUCGGUUUUCAGUCGGGCGCUGCACUUCUUUGCUGGUCGACCCGAUAAAUAUCGCAGCUUCGAGUACCUGGUUACAAGCGAUCAGCAUCCCACUGCCUACGAUAACCGUGUCUUGCAGAAACAACUGUUCGCAUCCUUCCUGGCCUCUGGUGAUCACAACCAGGCAAAUGCUGUUCUGGACAUCCUCACGAUGCACCAACGCCAACCUGAAAACUAUCAUGCAAAUUUGAUUCUCCAGACGUAUGCUCGUAGCGGGAAGCGAGCAUCCACGCUGCAGAUCUUGCACGAGAUGCGCCUACAUCGAAUUCCAGUAUCCGAUGCAUCCUUACAAACCAUCCAGAGGACGUUGUUGAGACCUCGGCUCCGAUCCAAGAGACCUAUCACACAACGACACCGCGAGUACGAAGACGAUUUGGAUUUCACUACCAACGUGUUCUUGGAAACCAUGCGUACCGGUCAACUGGUCAAUCCCACCCGAUGGCAUGAGAUUUUGAGACGAUAUGGUAUGGAGAACAGACUAGAUGCUCUUGAAAGGCUGUCAAUGUGGUUAGCCCUCUGGUACUCCGGUCGCCUCAACGAUGACCGGCCUCCUCUUCCGAGCCCAUCCUCAAAUCAAGGCGGCGCCAAGGCAGACACAGCAGUGCUGAGUGAAGGUGACCAGCACCCCCUUGCUAUCAUAUUCACACCUCACCUUCUCCGCGCUAUCAUCGCAUGGGGGUUCAAGAGCGAGGCAUCAUUGCCAGAAUUUAUCACCUCUAUCAAGCUGGGUUCUCAGGUAGACCCAGCCGAUAAGAGCCAGAAGCCCGAAACGGACACGAUUGAAAUUCCGAGAGACUGGACUAGAGGUCUCGCACUUGUUCGCAGAUUGGAGACUCUCGGUGUCAAUCUCAAAGGCACGGAUCUGCGUAGAGAGGUCAAGCUCCGACUUUGGAUUCUCUACGGGCCUGGGAGAUCAACCGUGGCGGCCAACAGACAAGCUCAGAAGAUGAAUAAGCUCUCGUUGGUACACCGUGUUAAUCAGAUACACCGGAUCAUGGGGUUCAACUGGCUUAAACUACCUUCGACACUCCGAGGGCAGUCGGACGUGAGCCACUGGGCAAUGUAUCGCGCACUCUUCGGUCAGCCUAGGAGA